AUCACACAUUAGUUUGUAGUUUCACUUUCCUCCAUGGCUUGUAAAGUGUGACGGUCUUUGAACGAUAGCGAGAAACCGCCGUAACACAGUUGUAAGAUGGCAGAGCCGGGCAGGACGGUGAGGGUGAGUGGUCUUCCCGCUGACGUUGAGGAUGACAGGCUGAGAGAUAAGCUAUAUAUCCACUUCCUGAGAACCAGGAAUGGAGGAGGGGAAAUAAACUCGGUCACCAUUGUCAAGGCAACGCCCGUCUCUGCCCUCAUCACCUUCGAGGACAGUGGAGUGGCACAGAGAGUUAUUCAACACAGACGGCACACUCUGGAAGUGGAUGAGAAGAAGUAUAAAGUCAUUGUAACUGAGCACCGAGAAAGCCUGGACCCAGACAAGGUCAUCUUAAAUUUAUCAGCAACUGUCGACCACGGGCAGCUUCCUGGGGGAAUAAUGGCAGUGACAAGCCUUUUUGAGAGCAACCCUGAUAUCCAGAUAAACUACGAUGCUACUGUGGAAUUGUACACAUUGAACGGCGCCUAUUCCAAAGUCCAGGCUGCUUUGGCACAUCUAUUUGGCCAUCAUGAAGGCCCACAAUCAGCUGAAAUCAAAGACUCAGGUCAACCUGUCGCCGGUGGCUCCAGGUCCGCCCAGACAGCACAGAAGCCUCAUAUUCAGGAGUCAGAGGGUCAGAGCAGGAAACCUAAUAAGCAAAGAGAACAACGAGAGAAGGUUCACGUUGACAGGCCCUCUGAUGAUUACAACUCCAUCUCACAUAGAGACAUGACAUCUGGCGGUUAUGUUUUGGAAGAUACUGGCCGCACAGAGGGUGCAGCUCUGCAGCUUCCUGGGCAUCCUACUACAAUAGAGGAGGACUUCUCACUAAUUGUGGAUGCAGACAUGUUCCAGUAUCUCCAGAAACACUGCAUGAAGGAAUACCAGCAUAUCCUUAGUCAGCACAGUGUUGAUGUAGUGGAUAUGACAACUGAGGGGUUGACUACUCUGUUUUUGAAGGUAGCAACGGGAGUGGGGGAUGAUGGCCGGGAUCAGAAGCGCCUGAAGCUGGCAAGAAAGGCAAUAAGUAGGCUUUAUGAGGAGAACGAGACCAAGAUCUGUCGAGGCCAGCUCCCUAAGAGUAUCCUGUCCCUCGGGAGGGGACAGCAAGGGCUGAUUGACUCCUUAAGUGUCAGAUUUCCUAAGCUUCUUCUGAAUGAAGAUGACCGAUAUAUUUACAUUAUUGGGAGCAGUAGUGAUGUGUCUGAGGCAAAGCAGUUACUUCUCCUGGACCCUAGGAAAUUGAGGGGUAAAAAAGAGGAUGUAGCCAGUCUUUUAAAAUAUCCAUCAUAUGACUCUGGUUCAUCAACUCACACUGAUGAGCGAAGGGUCCCCCUCACCUUGUCCUCCACUGCAGAUUCUCAGGGUGAUAGGACAGACAGGCAGCUGAGGUCAGAGGAGGAUGAGAGGAGAGCUGAAGGAGUAAGCAAGUAUAAACUAGCUGCUCGGUUUAAGGAUUCAGGGCUUGGGACAUUAGGCAGUCGACCAACUGACUUAACCUUACGAGGGCUCUCGUCUCCCAUUCGACAAACACGCCUCGGGCCAAUAUUAGGUCAUGAUGUGCUUUCAGAAACAGCAGGGAUUUCUGAUGAAAGAGUCUCCAGAGCUUCAGCCCAAAACACUGGAGGGGACAUCUUGUUUAAGAGUGGAGAUGCUUUGCCUUCAAAUGCUUCGAUGCAGAAUACAACCUCCUCGAAAAGUCAUUCAAUGGAUACUCGACCCAAGAGUUUAGCAUCUCCCAUUAGCACAACUCAGUCCAGUUUGUCAGGAAGUACUUUUCUUCCACCUGCUGGGUCUGGAUCCACCUUAAAGCGAGCCAAUAGUUUCUCAGGAACACCUCUGCAGAAGUCCCAAGUUGUGAGUCAGAAGAGUCAAGAUGACUCCGCCAAGUCCACAGUCAGAGCCAGAGGCAGGUCCUCUAGCUUCAGUAACCAAACAAGGAGGGACAAGCGGGAGGUCUACAAAGCAGAGAUUACAGUUUCCAAUGCGAUGUGGAAGCACAUAAACGAAGCAUACAGCUCCCGAGUGGACGACCUGACUUCUGAUGUCCAGGUGAAAGAGAGCUCCUUGGAGGGUAGCUUUGAUCUGACUGUCACCUUAAGAGGGGCAAACUCAUCCAAAGUGAGUUUGUGUCAGCUAGGUUUACAGAAGCUGGUUGACUCGGUUAGAGUAGACUUCUCCGUGCACGAGCUGCCCUUGUCAGAGCUGGGCAUCACUGACAGCGCAGAUGAAACCUUACAGGCUUGUUGUGCUGAGGUGCGUAGCCGGUUCAAGAAAGUCACUAUGAAGAUUAUAAAGAAGAGCUUAUAUCUUUUCGGCCCGCAAGAGUUGUGUUCUCAGACAGGUGCUUUACUGCGGGAGGUAUUUUGUAGAGAUUUGGCCCAAAUACCUGAACAGCAGGACCUCUCUGGCCCUUCUACCUCCAGAUGGAGUCCAUCCACAGUUUUGCAGAUAAAUGGGGACCAAACUACUAGUCUGCACGGUUAUAGUUAUCCUCAAGUGAUGCUAGAGAGCCAAACAAGCAAAGCCGAUGGGACCGAUGGUAGUCAGGAAAGGAGAACAAACCAGAGAAGUGACUUCUGUGAAUCGUGGCUUGUGAAUGGAACUAAUAGCCAACUGUUAGUGAGGAAAGACCCUGUCAUUAAAGAGAAAGUGAAAAUUGCAGAAACAGCAGCGAUGGAUGGACAGAGCACUGAGUCAUUUGUCAGCCACACUAAAACAGGACUUGAUAGUGCGAGACAUGUGAAUGAUGUCAUGUCAACAACAACCCCUGCUGAUAGUGACAUGGCCCUUCAUAAGAAAGAGAGAAAUAUACAUUCUGACCACAAGGACAGUAUGCAGCAAAGACAAACAGAGAUACGGGACACACCAGAAGAUUCCAGACCAGGUACGGGAGACCUGGGCUGCAUCUGUGUGUGUUGCAAGAGUGAGAUGUUGACGAGGAAAACAAAGUGUGGAGCUACCAUGUGCUCAAAGUGCCUGGACACUGUACACGGCAACUGCAGAGUCUGUCAUGAGACAGAGGCGACGGCAUGGGGCAUCAAGGGCGAAAUGACCUACUCUAAAAUAAACGUCACUGUACCAGGACACAUAAAAGACCCUGUGAUGAAGAUCACUUACUACAUUCCGAAUGGUAUCCAAGGGGAGGAUCAUCCUUCUCCAGGAGAACCAUUUAAAGGAGGGGUGUUUGAAGCCUUUCUUCCCGACAGUGAGAAGACGAGGACGCUGGUGCCAAGGCUGAUGAAAGCUUUCAGGCAGGGACUCACCUUCACAGUGACGGGCAAAGACAAAGGGGCCAUGGUCUCCUGGGACUGCAUCCCACACAAGACCUCCCUAAUUGGAGGCAAAUCAGGGAACGGUUACCCAGAUACUACUUACUUGACUCGAUUGUCUGAAGUCUUGACCUCCAAAGGGAUUGGAGAGCCACCAGCCAAGUCUAAAGAAUAAAAGCAAUCUGAGGAGGACUUCUUAAGCAGUUUUAUAAUUUAAAGAAGAAUGUGAUUGGAGCCAUUUGCUCUGUAUCUGUAUGGUGAUUAGUAUCAGCUUUUAAGUUAUAGCUCUCAUUGGAGUUAUUUUGGAUUUUUCAAUGUCAUAACCUGAAUCACAAUUGCUUUCUUCAAGAUAGAUUAUUUGAGUUGUAGUUUUUUAAAAUACAUGUAAAUGACAAUUGUGACCAAUCACUGUUUUUUUUAUCAUUUCUCGCAGCAUUCCCGAACAUGUUCUUACGGUUUCGGCAUUGUUUUGUAAAAAAUGUAUAUGUAUAGAUAUGUGCUGUGUAAUUUUAAGGAUUCUGUAGUUCAGGAAGGAAUAACAGAAAGAUAUUUGUAGAAUAUUCAGGAGUAAAAUUAUAUUUGUAAAGAUUUUCCAGAAUGGGCCCCGAAAUAAAAAAGCACAU